CGCGGAUCGGUGCGGCGGGAGGCGCGAGCCCCGCGCGCCGCCCCUGCGGCCCCCUCCGCCCGUUGUGGCCUUUGUGCCGGGCGCGCACCGGAGAGCGAGCGAGCGAGGCUGCGAGCGCGAGAAGUACAAACCUCCUGCAGAAGUUUUGAGGGUAGACGGCAAAUCCUAAGAGCACCAGACAGUUCUUUCUUCACCACUGAUUAAAGAUCAAAUCAUGACUGAAUCUGCAUCUAGCGCAAGUGGCCAAGAGUUUGAUGUGUUCAGUGUUAUGGACUGGAAAGAUGGAGUUGGUACAUUACCAGGAAGUGACUUAAAGUUUCGGGUAAAUGAGUUUGGAGCUCUGGAAGUUAUUACAGAUGAAAGCGAAAUGGAAAAUGUUAAAAAAGCAACAGCUACCACAACUUGGAUGGUGCCAACUGCUCAAGAAGCCCCGACCUCUCCCCCGAGCUCCAGGCCCGUAUUUCCACCUGCCUACUGGACAUCUCCACCUGGAUGUCCCUCAGUCUUUUCAGAGAAGACUGGGAUGCCUUUCAGGUUGAAGGAUCCAGUGAAAGUAGAAGGGCUUCAAUUCUGUGAGAACUGUUGUCAGUAUGGCAAUGUAGAUGAGUGUCUUACUGGAGGAAACUAUUGCAACCAGAAUUGUGCUCGACAUAACAAAGACAAAGACCAGAAGGAAGAUAGGGACAUAGAAGACAAUGAGGAAGAAGAUCUCAAGUGCAGUCGGAAGAAAAAACCAAAAUUGUCUCUGAAGGCUGACUCCAAGGAUGAUGAAGAGAAAGAUGAUGAAAUGGAGAACAAACAAGAUGGAAGAAUCCUGAGAGGUUCUCAGAGAACCCGAAGGAAAAGACGGGGUGAUUCAGCUGUGCUAAAGCAGGGUCUACCACCUAAAGGAAAGAAAUCUUGGUGCUGGGCAUCCUACCUGGAAGAGGAAAAAGCUGUAGCAGUACCAGCAAAGCUGUUCAAGGAGUAUCAGUCAUUCCCAUAUAACAAAAAUGGAUUUAAAGUUGGCAUGAAACUAGAAGGCGUGGACCCAGAGCAUCAGUCUGUGUACUGUGUCCUCACUGUUGCUGAGGUUUGUGGAUAUAGGAUCAAGCUGCACUUUGAUGGCUAUCCAGACUGCUAUGACUUCUGGGUAAACGCAGAUGCUCUGGAUAUUCACCCUGUUGGGUGGUGUGAGAAAACUGGCCAUAAACUCCAUCCUCCCAAAGGAUAUAAAGAAGAAGAAUUUAAUUGGCAGACUUAUCUUAAGACUUGUAAAGCUCAAGCUGCUCCCAAGUCACUAUUUGAAAAUCAGAAUAUAACAGUGAUUCCAUCUGGCUUUCGAGUUGGAAUGAAGCUUGAAGCUGUAGACAAAAAGAAUCCUGCAUUCAUCUGUGUUGCUACGGUAACAGAUAUGGUGGACAAUCGUUUCCUCGUGCAUUUUGACAACUGGGAUGAGAGCUAUGACUAUUGGUGUGAAGCAACUAGUCCACACAUUCAUCCAGUUGGUUGGUGUAAAGAACAUAGAAGAACUCUUAUAACUCCUCCAGGUUAUCCAAAUGUGAAACAUUUUUCUUGGGAUAAAUACUUAGAAGAAACCAAUUCUUUACCUGCUCCUGCAAGAGCUUUCAAAGUGAAACCACCGCAUGGAUUCCAGAAAAAAAUGAAGCUUGAGGUUAUAGACAAAAGAAACCCCGUGUUUAUUAGAGUAGCAACAGUGACAGAAAUAGAUGAUCAUCGAAUAAAGGUUCAUUUCGAUGGUUGGAAUAGUUGCUAUGAUUACUGGAUAGAUGCAGAUUCUCCGGAUAUUCACCCUGUAGGCUGGUGUUCAAAAACUGGGCAUCCACUUCAGCCUCCUUUAAGUCCUCUAGAAUUAAUGGAAACUCCAGAGCACAGUGGGUGCUCAACCCCAGGAUGCAAAGGGGUUGGCCACUUUAAAAGAGCAAGACACCUCGGCCCCCACAAUGCUGCCAACUGUCCAUAUUCAGAAAUCAAUUUGAAUAAAGACCGCAUUUUCCCAGACCGCUUAAGUGGGGAGAUGCCUCCAGCCAGUCCAUCAUUUCCAAGAAAUAAAAGGACAGAUACAAAUGAAGUCUCUUCAUCUCCUGAAAUCAGAGAACCACAUGCUGAUGAUGUCAAAGAAGAAUUUGAAGAGAGAUCAGAAAAUGAAAUGAGGACAUCACACGAAGCCAGAGGUGCCCGGGAAGAACCUUCCGUACAGCAGGCACAGCGUCGUUCGGCCGUCUUUCUCUCCUUUAAGUCCCCAAUUCCAUGUUUGCCCUUGCGCUGGGAACAGCAGAGCAAACUUCUUCCAACUGUGGCUGGAAUCCCUGCCAGCAAAGUUUCCAAGUGGAGCACAGAUGAGGUGUCUGAAUUCAUACAGAGCUUACCUGGCUGUGAAGAACAUGGAAAGGUAUUUAAAGAUGAACAAAUUGAUGGUGAAGCAUUUCUGCUUAUGACCCAAACAGACAUUGUUAAAAUUAUGAGCAUUAAGCUGGGCCCUGCACUCAAAAUUUUCAAUUCUAUCCUGAUGUUCAAAGCUGCAGAGAAGAACUCACACAAUGAACUUUGAAGAUGGUGAAUAUUGAAUACCAUCAGCUUUCUGCUUUAAAGCUCAUAUUUUAUUCAAAGCACAAGGACAGUUAAAACUCCUAAGUGAGAAGUCUCCAAAACUCAAAAGAACAAUGCUAUUGGAUUAUUUAUAUUCCUCAAGAGACAAUAUAUAUGAAUUCUUAUGAAAGUGCUUGAGCUUUUAACCAGGUACUGUCUAACAACAGUCAUCUUUUGGUUCUGUUCACUGAGCUGAAUUUAUCUUUGUAAAUCUUUUUGAGGCUGGGGGAGGGAGAAGGGGGACUUCAUUAAUUAUUUAUGGGUAAGGGGGGGCUGAGUAAGAACUUUUGGCAUUUUGUAAACAUUGUUGAAUUCUCUUUCAUGUACACUGUUUCUUUUUCAAUACUUUCAGGAAUCUUUUGAUAAAAUCAAAUUUCAACUUAAACCAAAUUAGUGAAAACCUGGCUCACUUUAGCCAGUGGGACUGUUACCUGUAUUGUUAAUUCUGUGCCAUAUUUUGAAUUGCAACAUUAUGCUAAGUAUAACUUUGCAAGUCAUGAUAUUGCCUAACUGCUUGUCAUAAUUUGUUGGGACUGAUGAGUUGUAAAAAUUCCUUUAAAAUCAGUGUUUUUACUUUUGCACGCAUUAUGAAAUGUUAAAUUACUUUUCACCAGCAUCUUUACUAUAAUUACCAAAAAACCGUGUAUAUAAACAAUGGAAUUGAAAAAUAAAGUAUAUAAACAUGAAUAAAUUAGGUGAUGUAUUUGAAAGGCAUCAAUCUCAUACAUUGUGGUGCCCUGUGUGUUACAGGAAUCCAGUGCUAUCAGAGGAAUAUGCAGUUAUGUUGGGGGUGGGGGGGGCAGUGUUUUGUAAGGACUGUGAACUAUUUAUGAGAUUACUUUGGGCUUCUCUCUAGUUGUCCUGGGAGGUAACUGGUGCUUUUCAGAGAUGAAGAGCUCAUUCUGUAGAUUGAAACACUAAUCUGUAAGAGCUCUGCCUCACAUCUUGUAGUAUCCUCCAAACCCAAAGCUUUUCUUCAGGGUUGGCUGAAGAGAGAGUGUAUAGAUUUUACUGCAAGAGCAAGGUGUGAGGAAGCAAUGCCAGUUAACACAAAGAUUCUAAAUGCUCUAAAUCAGGGAGGCGAUAUCCCAAAGCAAUUAUUCAAGAACCUCUGUUUUGGAAAAAUUCUUUAAUCUGUAGAGCAGUUCGCCUCAGUAAGCAAGCAUACAGAUGCACUUUAAAUGAAAACUCUUGAUUACCUGCAAACUGAUAGCUGGUAGUGUUUCUUUUGCAAGAAUGUAUUUCCAACACAGACUUAUUUUAUCAGCCUUUGGAUGUAAUGUUUAAUUCCAGGGUUGGACAUUUAUUCAAGGUGAUUCUAUUUUAAAAGUAGAAAGUAAGUUGUAGCAUGCUGUCUGAAUUCUGGGGAAAGUUCCAUCGCGUUCUUUACUUGUUAUUUUUCCUGAUGUAAGACUUCCUUUGAUGACCCACACUGGAAGUCUAUAGCAAUCCUUUGCAUUUGUCAUAAUUCAAGGGAAAACAGGGUCAGUGAUUUUUGCAGUGUCCCGUUCAUUUCUUUGCAUGAAUCUGCUUAAACAAGUUUUACAUUGUUGAUUUCUGCCCUUUUUAUGUUCUGUUCAGAAUUUGUACAUUCAAGUUGCACUUGUUAUAUCGACAUGAAAUAAAAUCUUAAUUGCA